UUGGUUCACAGGCAGUUUUUUUUGCGGGACUCCCAAAAUUAAACCUAAGUUUGACCUGAGUUAAUGAUUAAACGCAGUAAAAUACAGCUUAAAUGGAUCAAGCUAUAAUCAACCUGAUGUUGUGGAACACCGAUGCUUCUCGAGAAGACUGUGCCUCUGAAGCCAAUUCGAUGAUGGAUGAAUUUGAAUUAAUGAACCCCCAGUGCGAAGGAAAUUGUUACCAAAAAGUUAAAUCCAUUUUGCAGCAAGCAGCUGAUACGAUUAAACUAAAAGAUCAGCAAAUUGAAUCGAAAGAUCGGCAAAUUGAUAAUCAUAUGAGGACAAUAUCAACACUGUCAAUGAAAAGUCUGGAUAUACAUAAACAUUAUGUGGAGAAUCAAAUGGUUGAAAAGUGCAAGGAAGUCUCGGACCUUGUGUCAAAAUACCAGGAUCAACUCAAGGAGUCGAAUGCUCUUCUAAAGGAGACCACUGAGAGACUAAAGAGCCUUGAGACACAAAAAAAAGAAGAGGAGUCUCAAUUUCCGGAUCAAACUAUAGCUAUAGAGCAGGUGGAAAAUCAGCUGACAGCAAAAGUUAAAGAGAAUGAAGUUCUUAUUCAAAAAUACGAAACGCAAAUUAAGCAUUUGAAAGAUCAAAUAAUAACCCUAACUCAAGCACCUAAAGAAGAUAACAAGGACAAGGAAAGUGAUUAUACCAAAAAAUUAGUUUGGAUUCCCGGACUCGGCCCCGUGCCGGUAACGAUUGAAAAUAAUUUCAUGGGUAAUAAUUGGAUGGUAAUUUGCCGCAAUGAAGAAACUCGUGGGAAGAUUCAUUUAACAAUUGAUAUUUAUUUGGAACACUUAUACCAAUUGACCAAAGAUUUUGAACAGGAAUUGUGCAUUCGGUUUGACGACAAAACACGUGGACCUGUCCACAUUACUGAAUUUUCCAUGUACGGCAAAACAGAUGGUUAUCAAGUGAAAACGUUGGUUUCGCCAAUAUUCUCAAAUAAUUUAGUUAUCGAUAGAAAUAUAUAUGAUGUUGUUAAUAGAUGUUUUGGCUCAGAACCUUUUACUGUAAUGAUGAGAUACAAGCCAAAAAAUUCUGCUGAAAUAUGUUCGCUAGACUAUUGACAAACUUUAACCCUCUGUUGCUAAACUAAGAUUCUUAAAAUGGUAUACAACAGAGAGUUAAUACCUCGUAUGUUUGCCCAAGUUCAUUAUAUGCAAUCAGCUAUCCCAGUUUUUACUUUAUAGAUUUGGUAGUUAUCCAUGACGAUAUAUAUUUAUAUAGAAUUAAAUUCAGUAUCGGUUUAUCUUAUAUAAUUAAAUACAAAAUAUAUGUCAAUAUAUACCUA